AUUUCACCAUCACCAAAAUUAUAAAAACCUUAACUUGAUAGUACAAUGAAAUCCAAAACUAAUUAGUUGUAUAAACAAACAUAAAAAACAACAAAAACUUAUAAAAUGUUUCAUUGGUAUUUGUUAGAAUUAUGUGCUCUAAUUACAUUAUUAAUGAUAGUAACGUAAUUUGUGUUAGCCACUUCACCUUUCUAUCUGAAGGAAGAAUUUCCAUGGGAGAGAUGAAUGGCGGCAGCGGUAUUUUGAUGCUGAGAAAGAAGAUGGAGGAAUGGGGUUUAGAUCCAUAUUGUAGCCAAAUGUUCAACAAGGAUGAGCCUUAUGAUUGGCGUCCUCGUUACUAUCUUGGAGACGACUAUCUGAAGGAAUCACUACGUGAGUUUCUUGAUGAGGUCGAGGAAUACAAAAGCUUUGACUUCUCAAUUGGGACAGAUUUAGUUGGUGGGGUGAAGCUUUGCAGCUACUCCAAGUUGCAACAGAUAACGGAUUUCAGAUAUGAGAGCUUGAUAGGGAAGACUCUUUCGGGAAGAUUCGUUCCAUGGAACGAUUGGUCAAGGAUCUGAACAACGAACAGUAAUUGUCAAGACAUGGGAUUUUCACCUUCCUUUCAAAGCAGGAUACUAUGACCUUGCAUAUGAUUUUUGUGACCAGAUUGAGUUCUUCACGAACGAAAAUGCAAAUAUGCAUCCAAAAUUGGCCAAGUUGUGUACGUUCUGUUGCGACACAAGGCUUGCAGCUGUCUGUGAUGUAGAGUUUGAUGACAAUAUUACCAGAUUGUUGUCUGAUGUGAUUCUGGAAGAUUUCUUUGGGUGGGACGACAGGAUAAAAGUGGCAAUUCAACUUUCACAACUCUUAGCUUGGUUUUGCAUGAAAAGGGUAUUAUAAUGGGCAGUAUUACUGCAUCAUGCAUUCUGAUAGAAGAUAAGGAAAUGGAUAUAAAAGUAUUUGACUUUGGUUCCGUCUCUGAUCAUAUGCAUAAGGGUGUUAAAGUUCCUGGCAAGUAUCAUAGUGGCUGGGAAGCUCCAGAAAGAGGUAAUAUGACGGCGAAAUCUGAUGUUUUUGUAUUUGGUCUGUUACUGGUGGAGCUGAUAACCAAAAAGGAGGUUGAUGAUUUAUUUUUAUUUCCAAGCCAACGCGACAUAAAGAAUAUAGUGGAUGAAAGCUUCAAAGAAGUUGAUGCUGAAACUGCAUCUAAGAUCACAAGCAUGACAUACAGAUGCACUGAAAUGGAAGCAAAUGAUAGGCCAACUAUGAAGGAAGUAUUAAACGUUCUGGAAGCAGCAGCGAAGAUGGGAGCAAAGGGGGAGAAGCGAAGAAGAAGUGGAAGCAGCAGCAGCGAAGAUGGGAGCAAAGGGGGAGAAGCGAAAAAGAAGUUGGAAGCAGCAAAAACGAAUGAAGCAAUAGAAGCAGCUACUGCAAAUGAAGAAGGAAGUAGAAGCAGCUAGACCCAUCUUGGCUUAGCUGCUUUACCUUAUUAUCGGACAGAUAAUAAAUCUGUCGAAUUAAUAAUCGAUCUGUCUAUAUAUCUCUCGUACGGACAGAUAAUAAAUCAUCUCCCUAAAUAAAAGUUACUUUUGAUCCAUUUAAUUAAAAAAAUAUACUUAAAAGGUCUACUCUACUACUCUUUCUUUGUCCAAAAGAGUUAGACAAAAUUUUACCCCCCAAAAAAGGGGAAAACAAACCAAACCAAACCCUAGCGUCCGUUUUUGUUUAGCUUUACAAGCAAGCCGUUGAGUAAGUUUUUCCUAAGUUUUGUUCCAUCUCCCUUUACUAAAAUGUAGUAUUAUUUCAUUUUUGGUUGUUAAGCACUCUUUUGUGGUGUUUUCUUCUGUUAGUUAGCUUUACAAGGGUGUUGAGUACUAAAAGCUAUGAGGUUUUUAGAUAUUUAAAAUAUUUUAGCUAAAAGUAGAAAGGUAAAAGAAAAAAAGUAGAAUGCUUUUUGUUUCUUGUUCAUAGAUUUAGGGGAUUUUAAAGGUGAACUGCCUCACAUUCCAUGUAAUGGUUUUUUCUUAAGAUGCAAAAGAAGAUAAAAAUGGAAAAUAUCUUUAUUUAGAGAUGCAUAUACUUUCCACCUGAGCCGGGGUCUAUUAGAAACAACCUUUCUACUUCUUCGGAGGUAGUGGUAUGGACUGCAUACAUUUUACCCUCCCCAGACCUUACUUUGUAGGAAUACACGUUCUGAAAACGUUUUCUCUGUAUUUACUGAAGAUAUCUUGUGAUGCCUUGUUCCUGUAUAUACUGUGCAAUGUGCAGUAAUCCUCAGUUGACUAUGCCAAUAUCCAGAAAGUGAAGGAUGGUAAGUUGAACACUCUCUGUCGAAAAAUUAUAUUGUAUAUGUAAAAAAUUAUACGAAGUAUAUAAGUGACAAAUUGCUUUUAGUUACGUACAUAAUAAUUCUUGAACACCCUUAGCGAAAUUUCUGACUUUGUUAUUUGCCAGUAACCUCAUAGUGUUAUGAUUCUGGCUGAAACAGAGAAACGCUAAUGAAAAUAAGCCUGCAUUAAGAAUUUUGACUUGAGUAAAUUUCAUCGUAUUUGUUGUUAGUAAUAUAUGCAUAUUCUUUUACAUACGUUAAUCUUGUUUUCUGUAGUAAAAGCAGUUUUAUGUUAUUUUUUCUGUAUAAAUACAGGGUAAUAUGACGGCGAAAUCUCAUGUUUUUGUAUUUGGUCUGUUACUGGUGGAGCUGAUAACCAAAAUGGAGUUUGAUGAUUCAUUUUCCCCACAUGUGGUUGAAGAAAGCUUCAAAGAAGUUGAUCCUGAAACUGCAUCUAGUAUAACAAGCAUGACAUCCAGAUGCAUCGAAACGAAAGCAAAUGAUUGUCCAACUACGAAGGAAGUAUUAAAUGUUCUGGAAGCAGCAGCAGCAGCGAAGAUGGGAGCAAUGGGGGAGAGGCGAUCUUUUUAUUGAGCAACGGGCAGGUACAAUCAAUCGUCUAUUUCUUCCCUGUAGAUCUGAACUGAGAACAGAUCAAAAGGUUUUAAGAGGCAUCGCAUAUGCCGUUUACGUGGUUCAGAGAUUGUAUCAACUUGUAUUUGCGCUCUUCUAGGUAAGUUAUGCACACGACAUUUGCUUAUGGGACAGCUCUACUGCAUCUGCUUAAAAAAUGCUUAAAGGAGAAGUUACUGAAAACAAAGAAAGAAGUAGCAGGCUGGAGGGUGUUGAAAGAUUAACCAAAUAUCAAGAAGAAUGUAGAACUAAGUUACUGAAAACAAAGAAGGAGCAGACUGGAGGUUGUUGAAAGAUUAACCAAAUAUCAAGAAGAAUGUAGAAUUAAGUUACUGAAAACAAGGAAGGAGGUAGCAGCCUGGAGGUUGUUGAAAGAUUAACCAAAUAUCAUAUCAAGAAGAAUGUAGAACUCUGACUAAUGUCGACAAACAAGGUAAAAAAUUGUUCAAAUGAAGAACUGCAGCAGCUUGAUAAGCAAACAGAAUCUCUGGAGAUAUUGAAAUUACUGCGUAUCUGUGAACCACAGGCGUCUCAAUAAAAUUAGUGGUCUAAACCCUUUUAACA